AGACAAUACACAAAUUUUGAGUUUGUUGUGGUGUCAUACAGGACGAAUACAUGCGAGGAUCACAAAAUUUGUGUUGGUAUACAUCUCGAAAAAUAUGAAGAGGAGAAAUGCUGAUUGUGGCAAGCUACGACGCCUUCCAAAGCGAAGCAAAAUAACGGAAGGUUUCUACGGAAGCACUUUCUUAUACCUGAAGUUUCUAAUGGUUUGGGCCCUUGUACUUAUGGCAGAUUUCAUCUUGGAAUUUCGCUUUGAGUACCUGUGGCCAUUUUGGCUUCUAGUCAGGAGUGUGUAUGAUUCAUUCAAAUAUCAAGGAUUGGCUUUUUCAGUGUUCUUUGUGUGUAUCGCAGUUACAUCAGAUGUCAUUUGCUACCUCUUUAUACCUGUACAAUGGCUAUUCUUUGCGGCUAGUACAUACGUAUGGGUACAAUAUGUAUGGCAUACAGAAAGAGGCAUUUGUCUUCCUACAGUGUCACUAUGGUUGCUGUUUGUAUACAUAGAGGCUUCUGUUAGACUGAGGGAGUUCAAAAGUUUACCAUUUAAUUUAGAUCUCUGUAGACCAUUUGCUGCUCAUUGUAUUGGUUAUCCAGUUGUCACUUUAGGUUUUGGAUUCAAAAGUUACAUAUCAUAUAAAAUGAGAUUGAGAAAACAGAAAGAAGUACAGAGACAGAAUGACUAUUAUAUAAAUUUAAUACAGAAAGCUCUGCCACCAGAGCUACAAAGCCAAUAUAUUGAAAAGCAGAAAGCUUUACCAUCAAAAUCAGAGGAGGAUGUAAUCUCAAAUGGUGUAGCGGGUGGGAAAAAGUCGGGCAGACAUGAUGAUGAAAAAGAAAUAAAGCGCCCAAACAAAGUAGUAGAUGAGAAUGAAGAUGACAGUAUAGAAUUUAUAGAGCAAAGUUUACCAAAGAAUUCGUCCAAAGCAGAUGUCAAUAACUUUGAUGAAAUUGCGGACAAUAUAUCCAAUGACCAACAGAGUAAAUUUAGAUCAUCAAAUAGUAUUGGCAAGACACAAGUGAGUAAGCUGAACACAAGCAAGGAGAGCAACAAAAAAGGCAAAAAUUAUAACAAAGAGGCUCCACCAGCUACAUUUAGUAAUAACAAAGAUGAAGUCAUUUUAAGACUUGAGAGUGAUAUUAAAAAAUUGAAAACAGACCUACAAACUAGUCGAAAUUGUGAACAGGAACUUCGAACACAGAUAGGCUCUUUCAUGGGUGGUGAAAAAUCCAUGAGAUCUGAACUCUACCAGUUACAGGAAGAUAAUGAAAGUCUUCAAAAUAAACUCCAUAAUCUUGUCACAAGCAGGCAGCAAGAUAAACAGAGUAUCCUUUUACUAGAAAAGAAACUGAAUGAGGAAAGGAAAGGCAGGGCUGGUAUAGAAUUACAGUUAAAUUCAGAACGGAAAGCUAAAAAGGCAGAGGAGGCAGCAGCAGCACGAGCCGUUGCUAUGGCAGCAGCAGCCAGGGGUGAAUGCACAGAAUCCUGCAAAGCCAGACAGAAAAAUAUUGAGAAUGAUAUUAAACUGCUCAAACAAAACCUCAAAGUUCGAGAAGAACAAUUUCGACAGCUAGAAUUUGAGAAUCAGUCCCUUCAUCAAUAUAAAGAGGCACAGACGGAAACUGAUGUGCUAAUGUCGGCUCUAUCAGCCAUGCAGGAUAAAAACACACAUCUAGAAAACAGCUUGAGUGCAGAAACAAGGAUCAAGCUGGACUUGUUCUCAGCAUUAGGAGAAGCAAAGAGACAGAUAGAAAUACUCAAAAAUCUAGUAGCUGAAAAAGAUAAAGAAAUUGCAGAUUUGAAGUCGAAGGUGACAGAGGCAAUGGCUAUAAACAUGAUGCCUUCCUCCACAACAGUAAAUGGAUGUGGUAUGGAGACAACCUCAACUUCACCAUUAUACUCAUCAAACUACAAGAAGGAAAACAGCAUGGUUAUCAAAUCCAACCUCAAUCCCCAUGCCACAGACUACACGCCUAAAACUACCAGCAUCUAAACAAUAGAACCAACCCUAAAGGAAACCUGCACUCAGGUUCUGGCAGUUCUUUAAACUUUCAUAUUCUUACAACUUUAUUUCUUAAUAUAGUUUCUUUGUUUUAGAAAAAAAGACCAACGUUGAAAUUAACUUGUUUUUCAGAGUUGAUGAAAAUUGGUAUUAUUUACAAAAGUUGUGAUAAUUUGAAAUUUUUUAUAACUUCAAAACCAAUAGCCGCUUGUUAUCGAAUGUCACAUUUUAGUCUUCAUAAUGCCGACUGCCUCCUAUAUAAUUUAUGUUGUUUCGUUACUCUAAUGUUCCUACAAAUCGCAAUUGUAGCAGUAUUUUGAGAUAAAAUAGACAUAAGUAUGUUUGGUUUUUAAGUAUCAUACUGGUGAAUCUAUUCAGCUUGUUUAGGGUUUGUGCUAUGUUACCCUUGUAAAAAACAAAAUCUUGUUGAGGGGGAAAAUCUCCCAAGGUAUCACAUAUGUUUAUUAUAUUACUGCCAUAUUUAUGUUAACGAGUUUGAGAGAAAUCUGUCUCAUGUGUGCAUGAAGAGUACAUGCAAAGCUUCUGAGAUCUUGUUUAACCUGUACUUUUAUUGAAUUAAUUUUGAUUAAUUCCAAACACUGGUUGUAUUUGGCUAUUUUAAACUAAUUUUGUCAUUAAAGCAGCAACAUGUUUUAAGAUUUAAUGUUUCAGUUCAGGAGGUUUCUCUCUUUGUAUAAGUUAAGAUUUAUGUCUCUAGCUAGUAGGUCUGUUAUAGGUUUAAGACAGGUUCUAAGCUAUGGUUCUACAAGUAUUUACCAUAAGAUAUUAUUUGAACUUAAACUGCCGUACUUUGUAUGUUUUUAAGUUUCUCUAAGUGCUAAGAAGUACUGUGUAAAAUAAAUGCAAGUUUUUGCCAAAAGGUGCACUGAUGCAUAUGUUGAACUGACAGGUAAAUCCAUUGAUUUUAAUUUGUACAGUAGGGCUGUUGAUGAAUGUAAUGUCAAUUUUAUUUGAAAGAUUUGGUUUGUUAUUGAAGUAGUCUGAAUUCUUACUGCAGCAAUACUUGCCUUUUCAGGCCAUUUAGGAAAUGGUGUAAAAUAAUGUGUAUAAUAUUCUGUAUACAGAUUUAAGCUGGUUUUGAUUAUAAUCCACUUAUCAUGUCUUAAAAAUAAUUGGUAUAUAUGUUUUUCCAAAAAGAUGUGAUGUCUUUAGUUGACCUUGUGGAUAUCAUUGAUAGUAAAGUUUAUUUCAAAGGCUUCUAAUAAAAUUUAGGAUUGAAUUAACACAAGAAAAAGAUAUGUUGACAAUACAAUCGAUAGAGAAACCAAAAUAAUCUGUUCAAUGAUAUCUGGAAAAUGCAGCCAUUUUAUUUCAAACUUUGGUAAAACGGCCACAAUUUGAAACAUACAACCAUUUAAGAAUUGGCUACACAUUUUCUUCCUUUAAAAGUGCAUCCAAGGAAUAUGCAAGAUUAAGUUAAGACAUGGGUAUUUAGCUUGCACAGGGACUACCAGCUUUAAAUAUUCCACAAUUACUGCAUCUGCCAGCAUUAUCAAUACCAAAAUAUUCUCUAUCGGUCAUUUUUCAUACCCCACAUUCUAUGGGGGGCAUAUAGUGUAACCCAUGUCUGGCUGUCACGUCUCUCAAAAGAAUUGGUUUGUAUUUAUCAAACAGUAUCAUAACAUCAAUUUCUACACCUGAUUAAAUUUUAGUUUGUGUAAGAGUAGAGGAAUUAAUGUCUUACAGUCAUUUCCUAGUCUCUUCAAACCUUUGGCAAGAGUUUUCAACUUUGUGAUACAAUAUUUUUGGAGGUGAAAAGAGGCAAGAGUGUUCUCUUCUUUUGUUUCUGACAUAAAUAUAUUGUAAGGUAGAUGACUUUUGAUAUUGUCCUUUAUGUUGUUCAGUAAUUUGUGUUCUUACUACCAGGGUAGUUUGUUCUUGACAGUCUAUGCUGAUAUAAAAUGGAUCAAAAUUUAAUAUUAUGAUAAGGAGUGAAAAAUUGCAUUUUAUUUUAUGGUGUCCUCAGAAAGAAAUUACAGUCUUCACUUAACUGUUGGUAACAUACUUAUUUCAAGCACAUAAUUAUUAGUCUUUUUACUGAACAGUACUGCUGAAAUUGGAGUAAUUUUGUCUUCGUCAUUUGUAAUUCUGACAAAAUAAAUGCAUGUCAAACGUUAUUUUAAUAAACAUCUGAUCAAUUCAAAUAUUGGAUCAGAUUAAUCGUGGUUCUACACUAUUAUAACACCUAAAAAAUCACUUGAGGUUGCAUUGAGGUUUGUCCAAUUCCUGGUCAAAUAUUCACUGCAGUAAUAUUGUUGAGCACUUGCUGGCACUCAUUAUAUCACUGUUAAUUUUGCCACAACUUACUUUCAUUUAGUCUUUCUUCCUAUUUUUGCUUAGGGUUUAUGGAGGAAAUUAUGUUCCACUAACAUUCUUAUUUGUUAUAGUUAAUACUAUUUAAAACUAAUAUGUUCAAUUUCGUAACUGUAUAGGAGUAUUGAAAAGAUUCCAUCAAAAUUAGAAGUUGAUGGCAGUACACUUGUCAUAAUAACACAUUAAAGUAAAUUCUAUUCUUAUGCUAAAAAAAUUAUAGGGAACAGAGUUUCAAUGUUUCCACCCUAUUAACAAUAUUCUUCGGUAAUUUUUGUGAAGUUAAUGCAUCAGAAUAAUUAUUCGGCUAUCUUGAAGGCAAAUGUCCAUUCACUUCGCUUAUUAGGUAUUGUUUUGUAAUCCCAUGGUAUACAUCUGUGGUCUGUUUUUUGCUUGAUGUACUAGUUUUUGUGUGUUUACACAUUUAUUGUUAUAGUAACUUGAUGAGAAACAUGAUGGUGAUGACAUUGUCAAUCAUUGUAUUACUAGGCCUAGAGCCAAUGCAUGACAAGUCUGUAUUGUACUGAACGGCUUUUCAAAAGACAUUAGUCUCGUAGAGGGCUGCUUUUUUUGCUGUUUAAAGUGAAAAAAGUAAGAAAAGAAAGGUAUUAUUACAAAAAGUGCCCUAUCUUGCUGCCAAGAUUAAAAGCUAGCAAUUUUAA